AUGGUGACUGGAUCAGCAACGCCGGGUCCACCACCCCCGCCUGCAGGACCGCCGACGCAGAAGGUGGGCGACGUCAUAUCGAGCUUCAGACCAGCAAGACGAUUCAAGUCUGGCAGCUCGAGCACGUCCGUCACGUCUCUCGACUUCGACGAUACCGGCGAGCUUGCCCUUGUAGCUCGGGACGAUGACACCCUUCAGAUUUACAAUUGCAAAGAGGGAAAGCACGCAAAGGAGCUCAAAUCGCAAAAGUACGGUGUGCAUCUGGCACGCUUCUCACACCAUGCGCAGAGCAUUAUCUAUGCAAGCACAAAGGUUGACGACACUCUGCGCUUUCUGUCCACACACGACAACUCGUACAUCCGCUACUUCAAGGGCCACGAAGACACAGUGACCUCGAUAGCACUUUGCCCAUCAUCCGACACAUUCAUCUCCUGCUCGGCAGAUAACACAGUCCGCCUAUGGAACCUUCAAUCACCCAACCACGUCGGCCGACUGAACCUUCACAAGCCCUACCUCGCCACUUACGACCCGUCAGCGACAGUCAUCGCAAUCGCCUCGGCCGACACGCAGACCAUCUUGCUGUACGACGUGCGCAAUUACGACAAGCCCCCCUUCGCAACUUUCGACCUGCAGGAACUCGAGCAACGGUUCCUUGGUGGAAGAAAGGGUCAGUGGACCAAGAUUGAGUUCACCAACGACGGCAAGAGCUUGAUAGUAGCGACAAACGAUAGUGGCCAUUUUGUCCUUGAUGCUUUCUCUGGCGAGAUCACCCACUUCUGCUAUCGCAAAGGGGGCCCUUCGGGUCGACUUACACCUGGCACAUCAAAUCCGGGUCACAACUCUCACAAAUCAAAUGGCAACACCCCUGCUGCUGGACAAGGCGAUGUCUGUGUUACACCAGAUGGGCAGUACCUGAUCGGUGGUAGCGGCGAAGACGGGGUUCUGGUAUGGGAUAUCACAAAGCCAUCAGCAUCGAACAACAUAUUGGAGCCCAUAGAGAAACUACCCGGACAUGGCCGAGCCGCCAUUGUAGGCUAUAAUCCCAGGACAAACCUACUGGCUAGCGCAGAUCGCGAUCUGUAUUUAUGGCAGCCAGAUCCAGACCUGAUGAUUUGA